UCAGCAUGUUUCAAAUUGUAAUAUGAUAUUUCUGUAUUUUUGAAGGUCCGGUCUACAAAGUUGGCCAGAAGACCACGUGGAGGACCGGCGCACUUUACUGCGCUCCGUGUGUCCGGCGCUCCCCCAGCCGCCUCCUCCCCACGUAAUCCACCUGGUGGGACCCCUCACCCAGUCGUCCCCCUGCGUAGCAUCGCACCACCGCCUCAGCCUCAACCAGGACGCCUCAGGCUCCAACUGUUCUCUGUCACGUAGCCGCUCGCGGGAAAGCUUCCACAGCAUGCGGCGCGCCUCCUCUGUCGACGAGAUCGAGGCCAUGAGGCCCGACUGGGACCGGAAAAACCGGAGAGCGAGCACACGGCCGGGAAGCACCGGUGCAGUGAACAGUAAGUCCAACAUACUGAACUCCACGUCAGACUCUGACCUCAUGCGGUACCGUGCCAUCUCCAAAAUUCCUCAGAUCACCCUCAACUUUGUGGAUUUCAAACCGGACCCGCUCAUAGCUCUGCCCUCAGGCGAGAUGGACAUCAUUGCACCUUGCAAACUCAUCGACCGCACGCACCACGUGACCGAGAAAGUCACGCAGGUGUUGUCUCUGGGCGCCGACGUGUUGCCGGAAUACAAACUUCAAGCUCCCCGCAUCCACAGUUGGACGGUUUUGCACUACAGCCCCUUCAAGGCGGUCUGGGAUUGGCUUAUCCUGCUGCUGGUCAUCUACACCGCCAUCUUGACACCUUAUUCUGCCGCUUUCCUCCUCAACGACACGGAAGAUGUAGCCAUUCAUAGCUGCGGAUACUCGUGUUCUCCUCUCAAUGUGGUGGACCUCAUAGUGGACAUCAUGUUCAUUAUCGACAUCCUCAUCAACUUCAGGACAACGUACGUCAACUCCAACGACGAGGUGGUGAGCCACCCCGUGCGUAUCGCCGUGCACUAUUUCAAGGGAUGGUUCCUCAUCGACAUGGUGGCCGCCAUUCCCUUCGACCUUCUCAUCUACCGCAGUGGAGAAGAGACCACCACUCUGAUCGGCCUGCUGAAAACCGCUCGUCUAUUACGACUGGUCCGCGUCGCGCGGAAAUUGGACCGCUACUCGGAAUACGGCGCGGCUGUGCUCUUCCUCCUCAUGUGCACUUUUGCUCUCAUCGCUCACUGGCUGGCCUGCAUCUGGUAUGCUAUAGGUAAUGUCGAGAGGAAUGGCUCCAUUGGGUGGCUUCACACGCUGGGGGACCAACUUGGAAAAACCUUCAAUGAUUCCAUCCCAGGUUCAGGGCCUUCCAUCAAAGACAAGUACGUGACGGCUCUGUACUUCACCUUCAGCAGUCUGACCAGCGUCGGUUUUGGAAACGUCUCCCCGAACACGAACUCAGAGAAGAUCUUCUCCAUCUGCGUCAUGCUCAUAGGAUCUCUGAUGUACGCCAGCAUCUUCGGGAACGUCUCAGCCAUCAUCCAGCGGUUGUACUCUGGGACGGCGCGCUACCAUACUCAGAUGCUUCGAGUGAGGGAGUUCAUCCGCUUCCACCAGAUUCCCAACCCGCUCCGUCAGCGUCUGGAGGAGUACUUCCAACACGCCUGGUCCUACACUAACGGCAUCGACAUGAACGCUGUGUUAAAAGGUUUUCCAGAGUGUCUCCAGGCGGACAUCUGUCUCCAUCUGAACCGGACUCUGCUGCAGAACUGCAAGGCUUUUAAAGGCUCCACCAAGGGCUGCCUCCGGGCGCUGGCCAUGAAGUUCAAGACCACCCACGCGCCUCCCGGCGACACGCUCGUCCACGCCGGGGACGUCCUCACUGCCAUCUACUUCAUCUCCAGAGGAUCCAUCGAGAUACUCAGAGGAGACGUGGUGGUGGCUAUAUUAGGAAAGAACGACAUCUUCGGCGAGCCUAUCAACCUGUACUCUCGACCGGGUAAAUCCAAUGCAGAUGUGCGGGCUCUGACCUACUGCGACCUGCACAAAAUAUUCAGGGAAGAUGUCCUGGAGGUACUGGACAUGUACCCAGAAUUUGCAGACCACUUCUGGAACAACCUGGAAAUCACCUUCAAUCUUCGUGAUACCAACAUGAUCCCAGGCUCUCCCAGCAGUGAUGAGUCCAAAUGCGGGGGCUUCAACAAAUUACGCAGGCGCAAAUUAUCAUUCCGGAGGCGCACAGAGAAAGAUGAUGCCGACGCCGGUGAAAUUAAAAAGAGCCACAAGUCGGUGAGUCGCAGAAGAGAGAGGGAAGCGAAUCACAACCAGAAACGUCAGGAGGCAGCGAAGAGACAGUAUCGGAGCUCGGUGUCUUCGCACUCCAGUGGUGAUGAGGGAGAUGAAUCUGUUGUAACCGGCCUCACUCCUUCCUCUGCAAUGUUGGACAUUCCACAUGGUCAGUCCACACCCAAACGUUUCUCGGAGCACACAGACGCGGAGGCCGAGGCCAGGACCGGCAACACCUGCAAUGCAUUGUCAGGUGCUCUCUCGGGUGUGUCCAACAUCUUCAGUUUUUGGGGGGAGAACCGAGGGGGCGGUCAGUACCAGGAGGUUCCCAGCUGCAGCCUGGCCUCACCCCCAUCCCUCGGCACACCUUUGCACAGCUUGAGCCGCCAGCAGCGCAACCAACUGGACACACGCCUGGACCUGCUGCAGAAACAACUUAAUAGGUUGGAGAAUCGCAUGUCAGCAGACAUCGGAACGAUCAUGCAGCUGCUGCAGAGACAGAUGACUAUAGUGCCACCUGCCUAUAGUGCUGUGUCCUCACCGCCUCAGGCCUUCCUGUACUCUGAUCCGGGUCCUGGAGAGAAACUGGUUUCACCUGUUACACCUUUGGAGACAAACACCUCGGCCUCUCUAUCCCAGAUCUUGGAUUCUCAGGAUUUUGAAGAAUUUCCAGUGAAAUCGCUUGAAUCGCUUGAGCCACGGGACUCUCCUUUGAUUAGCACCAACCAGAAUCAGAUUUCUUCCUCUGGAUUGGACAGUUUGGGACAACAUUUGGAGUUUGAGCUUGGACUAGGAACUGGGGGCGCUGCUAUUUCCGGACCAUCAGUAGGUUUGGAUUUAGAGAAUAAUGCAGCCUCGAGUUCACAACCUGGGAUGGGCACAAGUUUUAGAACAGGGUUGGAAUCGAGAUCAGGGUUGUGUACUGGGGCUGGGGUCGAGCAAACAGCUGAAGCGGAGCUGUCUUUCCAGGAUUCUGACACCCAAAGGAGGCUGUCCCUUCAGGAGUCACAAACACCUAUGGACUCACGGACACCACAGAGACACAGUUCUGACCCAGGAGGGAGGUAGGGAAGCGUUGAGGAGCAGAGAAGAGGAAGGUUCUACACAAGAGAUGUUGUAUCCUACUGGAGCCUUGUGGAACGUUUGAUCGUGUCUUCACCAACGACUCCCCCCUUGUCAAAGCAAGGUUGCAUCGUUCGCUCAGACCUUUGGGUGAAGUAGGAUUAACGUCUCUGUCCCUUUCCCUCUAACCCGAUUCUUCCCCUUCAAGAGCUUUCAGAACUCAAACAGUGAAACCUUUAAUCUACAUCCCAAAUGGAGCUUGAGGGUGACAUCCUUGCACUCUCAGAUGACUGCAAUCCUAUCGGAGUAUCUCUACCUGUAGGAGUAUCCCUUUACUGCUGGAUCCAGUCUUGUUGAGAACAAACGCAGCAGACGGAAUCUUCAUGAAGUGAAACAAGUAGCCAUCAUGUCUUGCACUGAAAACAAUUAUUCUACUCUUCGUGUCAGUGGCGCUUCCGAAAACUAAGUUGGUAAAAAUGUAGUGUUAGCUGGCCUAACAGGAAACCUGCUGUCCCCUUUCUGUCAUCGCUUCCUUUUACCCUGAUGUCCCCCCCCCCCC